AUGGCCCGACUGAAACGGAAACGCGGAACGAUUCGAACGGCAGCUACGAAGCUCAUGGAUGAGAUACAGCAACUGCUGCAAAGACCCGUUUCAUCGGACUGCAGAGGUGAGCUUCAAGAGAAACUUGACCUGCUAGCAGUUAAGGAAGAUGCACUAGAGCAGCUAAAUAGCUCGAUUGAAGAAUUGACUUUGGAUGACGCUGCGUUUGAUGACGAGCUGGCAGGUUCGCAGACCUAUCAGGAUCGGAUAUGCAUCACAAGAUCACGAGCUACACAAAGACUAAACGCAGGAGGUAACGAAGGGCCGUCUCGCACGACUGCAGUAAGACAAGGCGGAAGGGGCAAUGGAGGUGCAGGAGACUUAACGGAGAGUAGACGAGGAACCUCAGUGAAGCUCCCGAAACUGGAGAUUCCAAAGUUCAGUGGUGAUCUCAGGGAAUGGGGAAGCUUUUGGGAUCAAUUUGAUUCUACUAUUAACAGCAAUCCCUCGAUUUCGAAGGUUGAUAAAUUCAAGUAUUUGAAGAGCUACCUUAUAGAGAAGGCAGCCACAGCUGUGAGUGGACUAUCACUAACCGCAGAAAACUACGAUGUCGCUUUGAUGCUUCUGAAAGAGAGAUUCAAUCGAAGAAACCUCAUAAUCGAUGAGCAUAUGUCACGACUACUGAAUUUACCUAAAGUUGGUGACUCCGGACAAGCAAGAAAGCUUCGCGAACUGUAUGACGAGGUUACGACAGAAGUCAGGUCACUGGAGGCUUUAAAUGUCCCACACACCUCUUACGGUGUGUUACUUCUGUCUGCACUACGGAAAGCGAUUCCCAACGAUCUCAACCUCGAGUAUGACAGGAAGCACAUUGACGGCGAUGAAGACAUCAAAUCAUACUUAGAAUUCCUGAGAAUCGAAGUGGCGAGCCGCGAGAGGCUGCAGCAUGUUGGACCGUCAGGCUUUGAAGGUCGCAGGCCUCCCCUAGAUAAGCAACGACAUCCGAAUACUCCUUCAGGACUCGCUCUUAUGGUCAGUGCAGAACUACCGACUUGUGUUUUCUGCGGAUCGAACGACCACAAGCUGGAACGCUGUACAAAACCUCUGUCUAUUCAAGAAAAGAAAGAAAAGCUGAAAUUAGAAAGACGACGCUUCCGCUGCGGCAAAAAGUACCAUCGAUCCAGAGAAUGUAGGAAUGCUUCACGGCUCAGGUGCGUGAGAUGUGGAGGGAGACAUCUCACAGUCAUGUGUGACCCAGUGGGCAUCCAAGAGCAAGUAUCUCCGGUGGCCAGUACGACACUGGCUUCAUCUACAAGUUCGCGCUGCUCUGGUUUAGCCAACGGUACCGUCCUUCUUCAGACAGCACGGGUUUGGGUUGAAAGCGAGACCAGGCGUCAACUUGUUCGAGUGCUUCUAGAUAGUGGAAAUCAACGGUCAUUUAUUAAGAGGUCACUUUCGGAGAAGCUCAAGUGUCAGUUACUAGGGGAGGAACAGCUUACACUUCAUACGUUCGGGACUGACUUAGCAUCGCAAAUGAAAUGUCGCCGUGUUCAAGUCUGGCUUCGUAGCAAGUACAACAGAAAUGAAGUUCCCAUCGAGGCCUUAGAGAUGCCAGACAUUUGCAACGACGUCAUGGAAGGCCCGAAUAGCGACUUAGUCUCUGGUCUUCGACUGAACGGAAUGCUUGUUGCUGACCUUUUCCCUUACGACUACAAUUGCGAAGAUGACAUUGGAAUACUCAUAGGAGGGGACUUCUUCUGGAGGGUCGUUACAGGAGAGACGAAGCACAUCAGCGAGAGCCUUGUAGCAGUCAACACAAGAUUCGGUUGGACGUUCCUAGGACCUUCUCAUACGAGCCCAGCAACGAUAUGCUCAAACGUUGGAGUUAUGCGGGUAACAGUAGAAAUGCAUGAUCCCGACCUGUCAAAGGAGGUGAAGAAGUUUUGGGAGCUAGAACAUCUCGGCAUUCAACAUAUAUAG